AGAAUUUCAAUAGUUCAUUUUCUUUUCAAGGUUUCCAUCAUGAGUUGAUCGUCAAACGUGAAAUGACCGAUGAUGAGAUGGAGGAUCCUACUAAUGAUGAAAUCGAGAAACUAGAUGAAUAUACUGAAAACAAUCCCGUUGUAAUACCUAACAUAUUUGUAGCUCCAAUACAAAGUAAACCUGCUGAAAGAUUUUCUCAAAAUUUAGAGAAAAUGCCUAACGUAUCUCGUAUUAAUACGAAACGAAACAUAAACUAUAACGAUACUAACAAUGAAAUCGAAAACGAUGAUGAAUAUAUUGAAAACGAUACUGUUACAAUGCCUAAUAUAUUUGUAGCCCCAAUACAAUCAAUCAAUCAAUCGUUCAAUUCAAAAACCUCUUUAAAGAAUAAGUCUAAAUCUGCCCGUACAACCAAUAAACGAAACAAAAACAGCAUGGUUAUAUCUGACAAAACAACUGUGAAAGAGAUUUCUAAUAAAACUAACAAACCCCGUCGUGAGUUAAACGUUACACGUGAAAUAAUCAAUGAUGAUAGGGAAGAUCCAACUACUGAUAAAAUCGAAAAAAUAAAUGAAUGCAUAGAAAACAAUAGCGGUACAAUGUCUAAAAUAACUGUAGAUCCAAUUCAAAGUAAACCUGCUAAAAGAUCCGUUUCAAUUAAAAAAAAUAAAAAUGCUAACCUUAAAUCACCUAAUUUGAAAAUAUCGUUCAAAAAUAAGUCUAAACGUGCUCGUAUUAAUAAUAAACGAAACGAAAAUAGCGCCUAUGAUAAGAUUAAUAAAACACAUUGUGAGUUGAACGAAAUGGCCGAUGAUGAGAGGGAAGAUACUACCGACGAUGAAACCAAGACAACAGAUGAAUUUAUUGGAAACAAUAGCGUCACAAAAGCUAAUAUAACUGUAAGCCCAAUUCAAAGUAAACCUAACAAAAGAUCCGCUGAAGUUAUUGAAAAUAAAAACACCGAUAUUCAAACGCCAAAUUUAAAUAUAACCUCGGUAAAAAAGUCUAAACCUGCCCAAAUUAUUACAAAACUAAAAGAAAGCUCAGUGAAAGUGAUUGCUGAUACAGUACAAAAAUCAAAUCCUGAGUUGGUCAUCAAAGAAGAAAUUACUGACGACGAGAUGGACCCAUUUGAAGAUCGCGAUGAUAUUCAAAGAUUAGAUGAAUAUAUAGCAUACAACACCGUUGCAGUGCCUAACGUUACUGUAAGUCCAACACAAAGUGAACCUGCUAAUAGAACCGCUCCAACAGUAAAAAAUAAUAACGUUGGUUUUCAAAUGCCUGGUUCAAGUAUAUAUGCAGAGAAAAAAUCUAAAUCUGCCCAAAUUAAUACAAAUUUAAAAACUGUGGAUCAAAAAUCAAAUCCUGGGUUGAUCAUCAAAGAAGAAAAUAUGACUGAUGAUGAGAUGGAUCACUCUUUUGAAGAUCAUGAUAAAAUCCAAAGAUUUGUUGAAUAUAUAGCAAAGAAUAGCGUUACAACACCUAACAUUAGUGCUCCAAAGCCUGACUCAAUUACAUCUGCAGAGAAAAAAUCUAAGCGUGUUCGCAUUCACACAAACUUAAAAGAUAACACCAUGGUCGUAAUACCGGAAAAGGACACUUUGAAUAUGGCUGGUAAAGUUGUAAAAUUGAAUCCUGAGUUGGACGUCAAACAAGAAAUGACCGACGAUGAGAUGGAGGAACCGUCUUUCGAAGAUUAUGAUGAAAUUCAGCAAAUAGAUGAAUUUAUAGCAAAAAGUGCCGUUACAUUGCCUGACACAAAUGAAAGUACAAAACAGAGUGAAGCUAUUAAAAGAUCAGUUCCAAUCGCAAAAACUACAAAUACUAAUACCAAAAAGCCCAAUUUAAAUAUAACCAAGAAAAAAUCAAAUCCUGUUGGAGUAAACACAAAACUAAAGAAAUUUAUCACGGCUUACAAAAAAUCCAGAAAAGGAAUUUCUGAUAAGGUUAAUAAGCCAGUAGCUAGAAAAGCUGUGACUAAAAAGGAUAACACAGUAAAUAAAGAUAAAGCAAACAAACCUAAAAUAGUGCCUGAAAAAGAAAAGCAUUGCUUAAAUCUAGAAACCUUGUUGACAAACUCGAACGCAACACCAAUUCAACAUUAUGACGGUUCUGACUUUUUGUGUUGCUUUUGUUCAGAAGGCUUCUCAAAAUCAGGUGAUUUAAAAGAGCAUACGUCCAAAAAUCACAGGAACAAAAAAAGUAUCAGUGCAUAUAUCAAGAAAACUCGACCCAGUACUUUCUUACUCAAACUUGAUGUUACACUAUUAAAAUGCACAGUUUGUGAGAAAAAAAUAGACACAGUUGAUAAUUUGUUUGAUCAUUUGCAAAAUGAACACAAACAAAGGCUCUAUGCGGAUGUAAAGAAUCGAAUCGUUCCAUUUAAUUUUGAAAGUGAAGGAUUCAAAUGUGCAAUAUGUUCGCUCUUCCAUACUAAGUACAAAAACCUACUGGAACACAUGCACUCGCAUUACAGAAACUAUGUGUGCGACGUUUGCGAUAGGGGAUUCAUUAGUUCACGGGCGAUGUUGUGUCACCAACAAUCUCACGAAAAAAGCUCCGUUGGAUGCAGCAAAUGCGACAAAGUCUUCGAAAACGUGCGUAGAUUGAAACUGCAUAUGGCAGCAGUUCAUAGAUUCAAAAAUCUGCCGAACAAAUGUAAGAUAUGUAACGAGAGAUUCACGAGCACCCCUAUGAAGGAUCAGCACAUGAGCACAGUUCACGGGAAGUCGCCGAUUUUUUUUAAAUGCCUAGCGUGCGAGAAGUCCUUCAAGAACCAAUACUCGUUGAGGAUACACACUAAAAAAUACCAUCUAAUGGAAAGGAGAUAUCAAUGUACACAGUGCGAAAAGACCUUCUUUACCGGCGCUCAACUUCGAAGCCACACUUUAAGGCACACGGGCGUAAAAGAUUUCCAAUGUGACUAUUGCUCGAGACUGUUUGCCAGAAAAACUGUUUUGUCCGCGCACAUGCGUCUCCAUAUGAACAAUUGGCUGUACACGUGUCAUCUUUGCGAUAAAGGGUUCGUGCAGAAAUGGAGCUGGACAGAACACGUGCAAACUGUACACGGAAAGAAGGAAAAAAAAUUGAAGAAGAAAAUUGUUGCCAAGUGCAAUGCACCAGAAGACGUGCGUAAUGUUGUUAGCGGAAAGAAGGAAAACAAGUUGAAGACAAUUGCUGCCAAGUGCAAUGCACCAGCAAAAGUGCGUACCGUUGUUCGCGGAAAGAAGGAAAACAAGUUGAAGAAGACAAUUGCCGCCAAGUACUAUGCACCAUCCAGGUGGCCCUCAUCAGUUGAUCAUCAAAAGCGAAAUAGCGGACGACAAGAAGAGUAAUAUUAAAGAUGUAAUCAAGAAAAUAGAAACGGAGAAUAGAAUAAUUAAAGAUGAGGCAAAGCAAGAAACACAAAUUCCAGAAAUUGUAACCGCUCUAUCUAAAAUGCCUAACAUAAGUAUAGUGAAAGGUUUAACCAAACCUGUGAAAAGA